AUGGCUCUCGUUGCUCAAGCAGUUACUUUUGUCCACCAGUACAUCUACUCUUGGCUUCACACCACCCCUACCAAAACACCAGAUGCAUUAAAACUGGGAAUCCUUUCCACUGCUCAAAUAAAUGCAGCCUCAAUCAUUCACCCUUCCAGGUCCCACCCCUCGGUAAUCCUCUACGCCAUCGCCUCCCGCGACAUCUGCAAAGCCCAAAAAGUCCAAAAACAGCACCAUUUCACCAAAGCAUACGGCUCGUAUCAGGAGCUCCUUGACGACUCCGAGGUUGAUGUUGUGUAUAUUUCCACGCCGAAUGGACUGCACUACGAAUGGGCGUGUAAGGCACUCAAGGCCGGGAAACACGUUCUCUGCGAGAAACCGUUUGUAUCGAAUGCGGAGCAGGCGAAGAAGUUGGUCGAGUUGGCCAAGGAAAAGGGGUUGAUUGUCGAGGAGGCUUCGCAUUGGCAAUUCCACCCGGCUGCGCAUACAUGGCGCCAGAUUUUGGACUCGAAUCAGUACGGGAAGAUUCUUCGUACUGAUGCUUCGAUGGCUGCUAGCCCGGCUAUCCCGGCUGGUGAUAUACGAUGGGAUUUUAACUUGGGAGGCGGUUCAGCCAUGGAUAUGACAUACCCUCUAUCAUUCACUCGAUACGCACUCCACGCCAAAUCACCAGAAACCAUCACCUCCGUGAGCGUGCGCGCCUCCAGGACCGACCCCCGCGUCGACGAGGCAAUGUUCGCCCAUCUCGACUUCGAAGGACCACAGGGUAACAGGGUCCACAGCCGAAUCUACACCGAUAUGGCGCGAGACCGGCUCGUCGGGUUAGUCCCCCGAGUCUGGGAGUUACCGUCCAUUGAAGUCGAGACAGAAAACGCAAUUAUAUACUUCUACAACGCCCUAAUGCCGCAUCUAUACCAUUAUAUUGCCAUACUGGACAAGACGACCGGGGAGACGCGCUACGUGAAGCAGUACGAGGGAGGACCAUUUUGGGGAAGCACUGUCACUAGUACCGGGGAUAAGGGGGGGGAUCAGUACUGGAGUACGUAUCGGUGGCAGUUGGAGGCGUUUGUUAGUGCGGUUCAGGGGAAGACGCCUGCGUUUUGGGUGUCUAAUCAGGAUAGUAUUUGGCAGAUGGAAUCGGUUGAUGCGAUGUAUCAGGCUGCGGGAUUGCCGGUAAGGCCAUCUAUGGACGAGAGCAAGGAGUGA